AGACACCAGUCAUCAUACUCGAUUCAUAUUUGCAAGAUGAGCGACUGGAACUCUCUCCCGUAUAGCAUUGUGUUGGCUACAACGGCAGGUUUGAUCAGCUUCUUCCUCUAUUUUCACAAGGGUGAACAUCAUCUUCUUGCACCACUAUACCUGAAAGCGUUUGUCGUAGUGAACCUCGCCUCUACGGCUGCGCUCGUCUACUUUGGCAAUUCCACUAUCUGCAAUGCCUCAUUCAAUGUCGCCAUGGUGGCCGGAAGUUGGCUUCUGGGUGUGCUCGGAAGCUGUUUCAUCUGGCGAGCUUUCUUCAAUCCGUUGAACAAGUUUCCAGGUCCAUGGAUGGCCAGAAUCUCCAAAUUCUACAUGUCGUAUCUACUUCGUAACAUAGACGCUUACUACACUCUUACUGAAUUGCACGCCAAAUAUGGCCAAUACGUACGUUUGGGGCCCAACGAUUUGUCCAUCGUGGACCCGGACGCUAUACCAUUGGCCUAUGGACCGAAUGCCACAGUCACGAAAAGCGAGUGGUACGACGCAGGCGCGCCGCAUCACAGCAUGCACACAGUGCGUGAUAAAGCUGUCCAUGACCGCCGGCGUCGAUAUUGGGCACCAGCCUUCAGCGACAAAGCCCUGCGAGACUACGAAGGCAUCAUGCAGGAUUUCAAUGCGAAGCUUUUGAAAAGAAUAGACGAGUUCCAGGGUGGUCCAGUAAAUGUCACGAAAUGGUUCAAUCUGUAUAGCUUCGAUGUCAUGGGUCGUCUUGCUUUUGGAAAGGACUUCAGCAUGCUGGACUCUGGCGAAAGACACUGGGCAUUGAAGCUUUUGACAGACGCCAUGGCAACCGGAGCACUUCAACCGCCAAUGUGGGCAUUUAGAGUGGCCGUAGACAUCCCGUUCCUGACAGCGGGGUAUCAUAAAUUCAUUCAAUUCUGUACAGAUCAGACGGAAUGGAGAGUUGCUCGCGGAGACAAAGACGGGAACCGGGACAUCACGGGUUGGAUUCUGAAGGCAUAUGAAGGCCACGAGCACCCGGGACAAGAUCCCUACCUUGUUGGCGAUGCGAGAUUGAUAAUAGUGGCCGGUAGCGAUACUUCGGCUGCCACUUUGACUUACUUGUUCUACCACCUCGCAUUGGAUCCUUCUCAGACGGAGAAGCUCCGCGCAGAAUUGAAGCCGCUGGUCACUGAUGGAUGGAGCGACAAGGAUAUUCAGCACGCGAAACAUCUCAAUGCUGUCAUUAACGAGACUUUACGCCUUCACCCACCAGUGCCUUCUGGUGUGAGCCGUAAGACGGCAAAUGAGGGCUUGCAAAUUGGCGAUGUAUAUGUGCCUGGCAACGUGCACUUCGUUAUACCACAGUAUCCCAUGGGCAGAGACGAGUCGAUUUACGCUGAAGCAUCCUCCUUUGUUCCAGAACGCUGGUACUCGAAGCCUGGCAUGAUAAAGCAUGCUGAUGCUUUUGCUCCAUUCUCCAAAGGGCCUUACAACUGCAUUGGUGCCAAUCUUGCUCGUAUGGAGCUUCGCACUCUGAUAACCCAGCUAGUCAUGAAAUAUGAUGUUGCCUUCGCAGCUGGUGAAGACGGAACAAGAUUGUUGACGAAGACUCGAGAUCAUUUCACGCUGACACUCGGGCAGCUUGAUCUGGCAUUCACUCUUGCGAAACACUAGAUAGGAGCGAUGUAGUUGUAUGCAAAGCACGAACAUGCAGGCCAAUUUGCAGCAUGCCUAUGCGGCGAGAGAAGGUCGUAUUCCGAUGUCAACUCUCAGCUCGGCGAAUGCCCACGGGCUGACGAAACAAGCGGAGUUUUACAGCACCUGGCCUGCGUUAUCGGAGAAGGCGCACCAAGAUGCCGCUGGAAAAUGCUAACUCCGCUCCGAAGGCAGCAGGGAAUCCUCGGCCGAUAAAACAGACGCUGACACAUCUUACGCGUCACCUUAACGUAGCAUCGUAGAGAUGAACAUUAUUUAAU